GUCUAUUCCUCACCUUAACUUACCAUCUUCAUAACUCUCUUCCGUUCCCUCAAUUUUUAAAGUAGUCUUUGAAUCUAUAACAUCAUGCUAAGUGCAAUUGGAAGAAUAAGAGCCGUACAGCUCGGUCGUCAGGCCAUGACGGCCAGAUACUUCAGCUCUAGCUCAGCUCGAUAUGCAGCUGAGGUGAAGAGUCUAGGUGUAUUAGGAGCGGGUCAAAUGGGGCUAGGAAUUGCCUUAGUUGCAGCUCAGAGAGCUGGUGUUCCUGUUACGUUGGUAGAUUCGUCUAAAGCUGCUCUCGAUAAAGGAUUGGGAUUUGCAGAGAAGCUGUUAUCUAAAGAUGUGUCGAAGUCGCGAAUUACCCAAGAGCAAGCGGAUGCGGCGAGAUCUCUCCUUUCGCCCACUACGGCUAUCGAGGAGCUUUCUAAAGUCGAUUUCGUAAUUGAGGCCGUGCCAGAAAUUCCGCAGUUAAAGUUUGACAUAUUUGCGAAGUUAGCGGAGGUCUGCCCGAAACAUGCUAUUCUCGCGACUAAUACAUCGUCGAUUUCGAUAACGAAAAUCGCCGCGGCGACGACCAAGGACCCCACCGAUACGUCAGCAAGCUCUCGUGUAGUUUCAACUCACUUUAUGAACCCAGUACCUGUGCAAAAAGGUGUUGAGAUUAUUAGUGGAUUACAAACAAGCCAGGAGACACUGGAUACCGCCGUCGCUUUCUGCAAGGCCAUGGGGAAGAUCCCCUCGGUGUCCGCGGACUCACCGGGAUUCCUAGCAAACCGAAUCCUAAUGCCAUAUAUCAACGAAGCAGUAAUAUGUCUAGAGACUGGUGUUGGCGACAGGGAUUCUAUUGAUGCGAUUAUGAAGAAUGGUACUAACGUGCCCAUGGGGCCACUUCAGCUCGCCGACUUCAUCGGGCUCGACACAUGUUUAGCUAUCAUGAAGGUUCUUUACACGGAAACGGGAGAUUCUAAAUAUCGACCUAGUGUAUUGCUAACUAAGAUGGUCGAUGCUGGCUGGCUAGGGAAGAAGAGUGGUAAAGGAUUUUAUGAUUAUUAGAACCGAUUAAAGCCAGUGGCGUAGUAUGCUGUAAAGCAUGCCGCAUAGCAUGACCAUCUCCACCAGAAUAGCAAUUGCAAUGACCAGGUUGAAUAUCUGGAUGGUCAAGAUCAACAAGUCCACUGAAUUGAUGGGUAGGACCGCCAUCGCGUCACUGUCCACCUGGUUGCCGGUCCGGAAAUGGGCUGAAAGGGGGCCAGAGACGAUGCUCAAGGGUUGGAUGUGGGGAUAGCGACGGCACACGUCAAUGGGGAUGGUUUUCGAAAUCUUGGUGUCUGACAGCGCGAAGCUGGUAAUUGAUGUUCUCGGCCUCAGGCCUGUAAAAUAUGUCAGUGAUAUAUCAUUACCAUGAAUACAGAUAAAUGAAAAUUAUUUAUUGACAGCG